GUGUAGCCCCCCCCCCCCCCCUAGAUGUUGACAUUCUUUGUGGGCGCUCAAAUCCCAGCGUGGUUGAUCAUCACCAGCCCGUGGGUUAAACCGUGACACCGUGCGCGCGUGAUGAUGCUUUGUGACCGGAGGAGCGGCGGCGACUCCUCCUCGAGAUGAUGCCGAUGGCGGUUCCCGUCUCGAGUGGCACCGACCGGGCUUUUAAUGGGGAGCGCUCCGCGGCGCGUUUUUAUGCAAUCCGACGCAGUGUUGCCAGUGGACCGAUUACUCCCGCCGUGCUUUUAAGAACAAUAGUGGUGCCCUGAUGUCUCUCUGUGCACGCCUUGAGCACUUCGGUCCGGAUCGCGCACAGAUGUUCUCCGUGUUGAUGAUGACGAACCCACGCGAGGAGCGACUCCUCUUCACACGACGGGGUUGACCGAGACCACGAGUCCCGGACCUACCUAGCCCGGAUUCUUCUGUGGACAUCAGGGCCCUCACUGAGGAGUCCCCCACAACAACAACACCAUGUCGAAAGCUGCCAGCAACAAGGAGAAGAAGUCGUUCAGCAAGAAGCUGUUCAGGAGGUCGUCGGUGCGCUCCGUGGGGAGCUUCAUGAACCGGGUCCUCCGCACGCUCUCCACCCUGUCCCACUUCGGCAACGAGGAGCACGCCACGGACGACGAGAAGGACGACGCCACCUUCGCCCCCUCCUCGACCACCGCCGGUUCGGUGCCGUCCGACGACAGCGACUGCGGGGGGUUCCUCUUCGGGGACAAGAUCCCCGGCGUCUCGGGCCUGAAGAAUCACGGCAACACGUGCUUCAUGAACGCCAUCCUGCAGUGCCUCAGCAACACGGAGCUGUUCGCCGAGUACCUGGCGCUGGAGCAGUUCAAGGGGGCGGAGACCGCCCUCGGCGAGAAGACAGCCAAGUCCAACGGGGCCGCCGUGGUGCCCGCCAAGAGGGGCAGCCAGCCGGCGGACGGAGGGGAGGUGACGGAGCAGCUGUCCGGGCUGGUCCGGGCGCUCUGGACCUUUGAGUACACCCCCCAGCACAGCCGCGAGUUCAAGAAUGUGGUGUCUAAGAGUGCCCUCCAGUUCCGCGGGACAGCCCAACAUGACGCCCAGGAGUUCCUCCUCUGGCUCCUGGAUCGAGUCCAUGAAGACCUCAACCAUCUGGUCCAGCCUGAGACCAGACUGCCCCAGAAGCUCCCGGUGGAGGAGGAGCACGUAUCCGAGGGAGCUCAACUGCCAGCACCCGCGUCCUUCGUACAGGAGCUGUUCCAGGCACAAUACAGGUCAUCCCUGACGUGUCCUCACUGCCAGAAACAGAGCAACACCUUCGACCCCUUCCUCUGCAUCUCACUGCCCAUCCCUGUGCCUCACACACGACCGCUCUACGUGACGGUGGUGUACCAGGGGAAGUGCUCCCACUGCAUGAGAGUGGGCGUGGCCGUGCCUCUGUCCGGCACCGUGGCCAGGCUACGCCACGCUGUUGCCACAGAAACCAAAAUACCCACCCAGCAGAUCGCCCUGACGGAGAUGUACUUUGACGGGUUCCACCGCUCCUUCUGCGACGACGAGGACGACCUGGAGAGCGUCCAGGAGAGCGACUCCAUCUUCGCCUUCGAGACGCCCGAGCAGUUCAGGCCCGAGCAGAUCCGCUCGCAGCGCAGCGGGAGCCCCCACCUGAACCUGAACCAGAACCAGCUGAAGUACGGCCCCGACGUCAACCGGAUCUCCCCCCAGGUCCAGGACCCCCCCACCCCGCCGCUCAGCCCCAACAAGAACUCGGGCCAAGGGGACAAGAUCGUCCUGCUGGUCUGCAACCGAGCCUGCGCUGGGCAGCAGGGACGCAGGUUUGGAAACCCCUUCAUGUUGUUUGUAGAGCGCACGGUGACCUGGGACGGCCUCCAGAAGGAAAUCCUGGAGAAGAUGAAGCUCCUGCAGAGACCAGGAGUCCUGGUUCAGGCGCGGCCCUUCAGCCUGCGGGUGGUGGGUGUGGUCGGGAUCACUUACCUCCUCCCGCAAGAGGACCUGCCACUCUGUCAUCCGUCCGUUGAGAGGGCGUACAAGUCGUGUGGCCCAGGUGGCCCCCCCCACGUCAAGAUAGUGGUGGAGUGGGACAAGGACACCAAAGAACAAAUGUUCAAGCGGACGGAGGACGAGUACAUUCCCGAUGCGGAGAGCGUUCGCCAGAUGAAGGAGCAACACCUCCAGCCCCAGAGCUGCUCCCUAGCGCAAUGCUUCCAGCUCUACACCAAAGAGGAGCAGCUGGCCCCGGACGACGCAUGGCGCUGCCCUCACUGUAAACAGCUGCAGCAGGGGAGCAUCAAGCUCAGCCUCUGGACACUCCCAGACAUCCUCAUCCUCCAUCUCAAACGCUUCCGACAGGACGGCGACCGGCGGAUGAAGAUGCAGAACAUGGUGAGGUUCCCCCUGGUGGGGAUGGACAUGGCGCCCCACAUGGUCAAGCGGAGCCAGAGCAGCUGGAGCCUCCCCUCUCACUGGUCGCCGUGGAGACGACCCUACGGCAUGGGCCGCGACCCCGAGGACUACCUGUACGACCUGUACGCCGUGUGCAAUCACCACGGCAACAUGCAGGGCGGACAUUACACAGCCCACUGCAAGAACUCCAUUGACGGACAGUGGUACUGCUUCGACGACAGCGACGUCCACUCCAUCGUGGAUGACCACGUGUGCAAACAGACGGCGUACAUCUUGUUCUACCAGAGGCGCGCCACCAUCCCCUCGUGGUCGGCCAACAGCUCGGUUGGCGGGUCCACCAGCUCCUCGCUGUGCGAACACUGGAUCAACCGGCUGAUGGGUAGCCGCCCGCCCAGCCAGGCCUCGUCCGGCUCCUCCAGACGGACCUCGCUGGCCUCCCUCUCCGAGUCCGCAGAGUUCGCUGCCGAGCGGAGCGAAGACGAUGGACUCUCCACGCGGUCCAUAAUGCGGGGCAUGCAGCGGCAGCCCCUGUCCGCCCGCUCCUCCAUGGCCAGCCCUCUGGCCCUCAGUGACAACAACGGCGCCAAACCCUCCUGGCCGCUCUCCGCCAAGCUGCAGCUGCGCUCCAACUCCCCCUCCCGCUUCUCCCUGGAGCCCCACUCCUCCUCCUCCCCCACGCUGGAGCGCAUCGGGGAGGCGGUGGAUGACCGGGCCUCCGGUGCCGCCGCCGCCGCCGCCCGGCACGAAAAGCUGUCCGGGGGGAAGGGCUCGCUGGCGGCCGCCGCCGCUGAGAACACCCCGGGGGCGAGGCGGAGGCUGGCGGAGCAGCCGGCCCCGGCGAAGGCGGGUUCUGCCGCGGCGGCGGCCGAGUCGUGGAGCUCCAAGCAGGCCGGCGACAACAACAACCUCUCUGCCGGUGCCGAGCCGCUGACCCCGGGACACGUCUCGCCGGCCAAGGACUCCAAACUGAGGAGCGGGGAGGGGGAGAGCUCCGGAGGCGGCAAGCGAGCCGCGGCCAAGACCUCCGUGGAGUCCCAGGAGAAGAGUCCCAAGAAACGCCCGGCGUCCUCCUCCACCUCCUCCAGCUCCCCGUCCCGCGCCGCCAUGGACAAGUCCCCCUCCAGGACUCAGGCCAAGGGCGGCUCGGUGGCGCCUCACCCCAAAACCAAAGGCGACGGGCCCUGUAAAAGCCUCAAGACGGCCUCCUCGAAGACGGCCACGCCCUCCAAGAAGAGCUCCUCCCAGACCCAGGAGACGCUGCGCGUCGACUCGGCGCAGCCCAAGAAGAAGGGCGGGUCCGCCGGCUCCCAGAGCUCCCAGCCUCACCGGCGGCCAUCCCCCAGGGGCGGGGCGGAGAGGAGCACCGCCUCCUCCAGAACCAAGGGGGAGGAGCGCAGCGCCAGCCGCGACUCGCCGAGGGCGCCGGUGACCGACCGGAAAGCCCCUCCCCGUGCGGGAGCGCCGGCCGCGACCCGGGGCGACGGGGCGACGGGAGGGGGGAAGGCGGAGGCCCGCGCCGCGGCACAGAGCUCCAGCAGCAGCUCCUCCAUCACCAGCCUGCGCUCCUCUAGCGUGGGCCUGUCGUCCUCCAGCGCGGCGGCGGCCCCCAAAGGCCCGCGGCCCAACAGCAGGACCGAGGAGAAGGGCUUGUCCUUCUUCAAGAGCGCCCUGCGGCCGAAGGAGGGCCGCAAGGGGGCGGCCGGGGCCGGGGCCGAGGCCCGCAGCCCGGACCCGCCCUCUGGAGACGGGCCCGUCGAAGCGUCCUCGGAGGGGGCCACCAAGAAGGCCCCGGGCGGGUCCGCAGAGGGCUCCGCCAAAGACAACGAGUCCUCCAAGCCCGCCGCCACGGCCGCAGCCAAGAGAUCCCUGCUCACCUCCAACAAGACCAAGAGCUCGGCGGCGCCGGCGGCGGCCGCCCAGACCCUCGCCAACGGGAAGGAGGCGGCCAAGAAGGAAACGACCAAGAGGAUCAUGCCCUCGAGGAAGAUCCCCAUCAGCUCCACCAGAACCCAGAAGCCUAAGUAGUGUCUGAGGAGAGGGUCCCGAGGUAAGGGUUCCCCGGUCUUGAGGGAACCUUCCCAAAAGCACCUGAGGCUUAAGGUGGGCCAGCGACAACGCCUGCCAUUAUGAACUGUGGUCGUCCACCAACUGUUACAUAAUUAUAUAGGAAUGAAUCUAAAAAUGUA